AUGGCCGACACGGAGCUCCCGAUCGCCCUUCGGCGGCCACGUCGCAGCCAUGUCGGCCACGAGGCGGAGCAAGACACCGUCCCAGCCAGCCCAGCCUCGUUGAUCCGGACGCCGCGGAGGCAGAAGAGGACGGUCCGGUUCUCGGAUCCGGGGCCCUCGCUGACGGCAAACGGAACCGAGUCGACGUCGAGCGGCCUGACGCCCAUGGUUCGGCGGACGUCCCUCGGCACACCAAAACGGCAACGCGCUUCGACGCCCACCCGGAGCCGGCCUGCGGCGUCGACAGAAAGGGCGGCGGCCCAGAGCAGCGGUCGUGGCCGAGACCUGCACCACACGGCAGACGGGCGCGUCGAACGGCGAGUGCGUCGCGGCAACCUCCGGACGCUGCUCCUCAAGCUCGAGGAGCAGAGGAAGCGCGGCGACAGGCGGGCCCAAGAGGAGAUCCAGCAGCUCCGAGCCGAGGUCAAGUCACGGGAUCGCGAGAUAUACGAGCUGCAGAACGCGACAGUCGUCGUCGACACGGAGCGCAUCUGGUCCCUCGAGCAGCAGAUUGAGCAUCUCGAGGACGCGCUCGGCCGGCGGCCGGAGGUGAGGAACGACGGCGACGACUGGACUCUGGCAGCGCGCGACCCCUUUUCCGACGACUUUAUAGAUGUGACGGCCGAUGAACUCAUGGACACGACGGCCGACGACGGUGACGAUUUUGGCGACGACACCAUGGCCCACCUGACGGCGAGCACGCCGUGCAAAACACCGUCGAGGGCGCUGUCGUCGUUUCCGACGCCCCCCGCGACGAGCCCGGCGACGCCCCUUUUCGGACGGUGCACGCCGCCGGUGACGGCGCCCGAGGCCGGAGUCCAGACGAGCCAGUCGCUGGCCGACGCGACGCGGCAGCAGCUGCUGGAGGAGGAAACGGCGUCGCUAAUGCUCGAGGUUUCGAGGCUCACGGCGACGCUCGAGUCGUACCGCGACCUCGGCGCGCGCCUGACGCAACGGCUCUCGUCCGUCGUGGCCGCCGAGGAGACGCCGUCGCCGGGCCUCGACGCACCCCUCGACGGGCUCGAGCGGCGGGUCGAGGCGCUCGUGCGGACGAUGAGCGACGGCACGGCCAAGCUCGGCCGGCUCGGCGCGUCCAUUGCGGCCUUGGGUUUUCCGGGCGACGACGCGGGGGACAUGAUUGCCUCCCUCGGCUCCGGUCUCCGCACGGCCCGGCUGGAGCUCGAGUACCUCACGCCCGGCGAGGUUGCGCUGCCGCUGACGGCGCACGGGGCCGAGGUGCUCGACCUGCUGCUCGGCCGGCUCCGGACCAUGGCCAAGAGGCAGCGGGAGGACGAGGCGACGAUUGACGAGUACCACGACAUUGAGCGGUGCCUCCGCCGACAGCUCGACGCGCGCGUGUCGGCCAUGGACGGCCUCCGGGGUGAGCUGGCCAAGGCGGAGGAGCGCAUCGGCGACGGCGAGGCACGGGUCGAGGCUCUCGAGGUCGCCAACCAUCGUCUCCGUGGGGCCGUAGACGGCUACGUCCGCGACAUGGGCGAGCUCGAACGGCUCGUCGAGCGCCUCGACGAGGAGGGCAGGGAGGCGCGGGAGACGCAGGACGAGCGGCGGAAGGAGGUGGAAUCCCGCGACGGCACCAUCGCCACGCUCGAGGCCAAGCUCGCCUCGGCGCUGGACCGGACGACGAGCCUGCAGGGCGACGUCGGCGACAUGGAGCGUCGCCACCGGAACCAGCUGGCCGCCCUCGACGAGCAGCACGGCGCGGCACUGGCGCUCCGGGACGCACGGGUGCUCGAGCUCGGCGGCGAACUCGACGGCGUCCAGAGGUGCCUCCGAGCGGCGCACGAGACGAUUCAUGGGCUGCGUCUGGAGAACGGCGGGCUCGCCUCGCGGACCGACGAGGAGAAGAAGCAGACGAGGCGGGCCGUCGAUUCGAUCCGGCAGGGGCUGCGGCGCGUCCUGCGAAUGAGCCACGCGCUGCUCCCCCAAGACGACGGCGACAUUUCGGGCCACGAGGAGACGGGGGAGGAGGAGGAUGCUGACGUGUAG